AUCCUUGGCUUUGAGGGUCCUUCCGGUGACGUAGACGGUGGCACCUUGUGCGCCUAGCUGCAAGGCGAUCCCGCGGCCGAUGCCCCGUGUAGCUCCUGUCACGACGCAGACUUUGUCUUUCAAUGACAUUCUGACUCGGCAACAAUGGAGAACAUAAAACUAUUAGUUGUCGGCGACGGCGGCGUCGGCAAGAGUUGUCUUCUUAUAUCAUACACAACAAACGCGUUCCCGUCGGAAUACGUCCCGACAGUGUUCGACAAUUACUCUGCCAAUGUAAUGGUUGAUGGGAAACCGGUCAAUUUGGGCCUCUGGGAUACCGCGGGACAGGAGGAUUACGACCGCCUCAGACCCCUUUCCUAUCCAGGGACGGACGUGUUUUUCAUCUGUUUUGACCUUAGCAGACCAUCUUCAUUUGAAAACGUGGAGCCAAAAUGGCUACCGGAAGUGAGACAUUUCUGCCCAAAUACUCCGAUUGUACUAGUCGGUUGCAAAGCUGACCUGCCGUCCGCAGUAUCCGCAGCCGACAUCGACAAGCUUACCAAGACUCAAGGACUCAAAUACUGUGAAACCAGCGCCCUCACCCAGAAGGGACUGAAGAUCUGCUUUGAUGAAGCAAUACGGUCAGUUCUGAACGCACCAAAGACAAAGAAAUCCAAGGGUUUUUUCGGUAAAUCGAAAAAGGCCAUCCCAGAUCCGCCAGUUAUGCCCCAAACAGGUUUCGCGCCAAAAAUCGACAUUGAGACGUCCACGUUUGGUGAGGACUGGUACCGGAUGUUACAAGAUCCUCGUCACUGUGACGUCACAUUCCGGUUGGCCGGCAGUCACAGUCUUGACGCCCAUUCACUCGUGUUGUGUGCCGCCUCCAAGAUGUUUGCUAAAAUAUUCGGAGUUUCGAAACCGAUAAAGAACAACCAGAUGAAAGAAAUAAACGCCAUAGACAACUUCACAUUUGAGCAGCUUAAUUCCGGUGCGGUCCCUGGAAUCGCUGCUGUGUAUGGAAAGGAUGCCGAGGUCAAAGGUGAAGGUCAAUCACGAGCGCACACUGUUGUGGAACUAAGCGAGGAUAUAUUGGCCAAGACAUUCAUCAGAGUUCUGGAAUUCUUGUAUUCAGGCGUCCCGCGUUUCCCUGACCCAGAUGAAGUCAGCGAGGACGAGAUCAAAGACUUAGAGCGCGUUGCAAAGAUCUUCCGACUGAGCUACUUGGAGACGAUUUGUAAUAAUCUGCUCACAGAACAAGAGUUCCUGAAUCCAAGUAUUGGCACGUUCUUGAAUGACGAGACAGGCGCUCGUAUGAAACAGUUGUUCUUUAACAAUGCGGAUGGCGCGGACGUCGUUUUUAACGUUGGAGGUUCUCAUAUAUACGCAAACAAGUGUGUGUUGAGUACGCGAUGUGACGUCAUGGCGGCCAUGUUUAGUGGGAACUUUGUGGAGAGCAAGUCUAACAUGACGGAGAUUCACAUACCAAAUACAACAGAAGAGACCUUCUUGGCAUUCCUCGAGUAUCUCUACACCGACCAUUCACCCAUUGAGGAUUCCGACGCCGUCGGCAUCAUUGUUCUUGCCGACGAGUAUGGUCAGAGACGCCUGAUAAACCUCUGUGAACUCUACAUCACCAAAGAGAUUGACAGGAGUGUGACCAAGCAGAUCGAACGUUCGGAAAUUGACGUCAUCGGAUUGUUGCUGACGUCACAGGCCUACAACGCUUCACAAAUCGCAAACUGGUGUCUGUUUUUUAUUGCGAGUAACUACUUAGCCUUCGAGAAGAGACCUGAAUUUCCACAACUCAAGGGAGAUAAUAAAAACUAUGUGGAAGAAAACAGGUGGCCUCCCUUGUCCUAUUUAAAGGACGUCGAAGAGUAUGAGCGGAAAUACGGAUCAAAGAGUAAAGACGCAUGCGCAGUGAUGUGAGAGAAAAAUUGACGUUUAAAUAAAUGUUUAUACGUAUUGGGAAAAUACGGGAAAAGUGCCGUCCCUUCUGACUUAAUUCGUUGCAAAGACUUAACUGGUCAUUUAGUUGCCAACGUUUAAGUGAAGGUGAACAGAUGUGUCCUCUACACCAUUAUAAACAGCAUAAAAUACGAAAGGACAGAAGAGAUAUUGAACACUAGAUGUUUACUCUUCAUUGAAAUUUAGAAGAAAAAAGUAAUAAAAUACGCCCAAAAUGCACCAUAUUUGCUAGUAAUUGUGGGCAUGUUUCCCCCACCUACUACCAACAUUAUAACCCGAAUGAAUUUCGGUUCUGAGGGAGGGACGCAAGUCAUUGUUAAGCCCCUAAGUUACGCCUCCAUCCUGGAGCUGCCCCUGUCGGAUAAGCCGAUAAGAAUUCUUCUCAAUUCUGUAUAUUUACUGUUGUGUGCAUAUAAUUUAUAUCAUAAGUUUAUUUUUCUUGAAAAGUGCGGUCUUCCCCUUGCAAUUUUGUGUACAAAUUGUAAUUUAAGUAUCCGAAUAAAUAUUGUGUAUUUCGAGGACGUAUAAUGUAACGCAGAAUUUUAGUGUGUCGACUACACUCUGAAAAAAAUUCAAAUUAGGGUUUAAAUGUGCCUCUUUGGACUUGACGCAUCACUUUACAAUCAGCGCACUGUUUGCAUAUUGUAAAUAUAUUUAGGGAGGAACAUAGUACAUUAUAUGUAUAGAAACAUACUUGAAAAAAAACAAUUGUUUACGUUUUUCAAAACAGAUUUGUCCGGUUGUUUCAAUUACCAGAAGCAG